AGCAGUAGAGCUUUCUCCGGUCGUCGAAAACAUCGGGCGCUAUACAAAAAAUUGAUUUUAAUCGAUAUGUGUCCGAGUGCUAGGUUAUGUGCCGUUAUUUCACGUGAGGAUCAGUGAUGUGACUUUUUACUUUUUGUUUUCAGAGGGUUGAUACAAAUAUUAUUCAACGAAACCAAAAAACAGCGUUAAUAUUUUCGUCAACAAAUCCAUAUAAAAUCUGUUAGUUUCAAUUAAUAACAAAUUUUUUGGUACAGACUCAGCUGGAAGUCGAAAAAAAAAUGUGUGUCAAAAACUUAACGGUUUUAAGUGAAAAAUUGCUACGGUGCUGUCGGUUUUAUAUGAUAUAAUAGGUAGGAGAUUAUAAUGAUGGAGGAGCAGAAAUCAUCUGGCAAAAUGAAAGAAACUUGUUAUGUGUUUAACACAUUUACGGAUCCAUCCUUGGAAAAACUUUAUCAGAGUUUCAGCAUCAAGCAAAAACGAGCGGGACUCGAAUGUUUCUUGUUAACAGCCAUUCUAUUCGAUUUGUACAUGCUAGUGAUUCCGAGCGGUCAAGAUAUAUGGAUUUUCGGUUUCAUGAGUCUCUUCCUCACGAUUAACAGCUGCAUCUUAGUCUGGUGUAAAAGAUCAUAUGAAAAUAAAUUUAUUUGGGCUGGUAUACCGCAUCUCUGUUGGCACGUCGCUAAUGCACAGAUACUGGUAGCACUUUUUCUUAAAAAAAAUGAAGUAACUUCCAGAGAUAGUCUAGGAUGGGUAUUACUAUUGGACUAUCUCAUUUACGUCACUUUACCAAUGAGGUUACGAUACAUUGUUAUUUUGAGUUUGGGGACUUGCGCAUCGUACAUCGCUGCUCUUAUAGGACUCUCAAAAUCAGAUUUGCAUUUCUAUCAACAGCACCUCUGUAAUUGCAUCCUACUGGCGACAGCAAAUUUAUUGGGACUUUCAUCCUUUCUCGUCGAGGAUAAGCAACAACGAAGAGCUUUUCUUGAAACAAGACAAUCUCUGGAGGUGAAACUAGUUAUUGAGGAACAAAGUGCUGAGCAGGAACGCUUGUUACUUUCGGUUCUGCCUGAGCACGUUGCAGUUCAAAUGAGACAGGAUUUAGAUUCGGCAGACAGUCAAUUCAAAAAAAUAUACAUGAGCCGACACGAAAAUGUGAGUAUUUUGUAUGCAGACAUCGUUGGUUUCACCGCCAUUUCUUCAACGUAUUCAGCUCAAGAAUUGGUUAAAAUGCUCAACGAGCUUUUCGCAAGAUUUGACAAAUUAUCUGAAAAAUAUCAACAGAUAAGGAUAAAAAUUCUUGGGGACUGUUAUUAUUGUAUAAGUGGAGCACCGAAAGAAAGCCCUGAUCACGCCGUUUUAUCCGUUCAUAUGGGUUUAUCCAUGGUUAAAGCGAUCAAAUACGUCCAACAAACGGCAAAUUCUCCGGUAGACAUGAGGGUUGGCAUUCAUACGGGGGCUGUGCUUGCGGGUGUGUUGGGACAACGGCAAUGGCAAUUCGAUGUUUACUCUAAGGAUGUGGAAUUAGCAAAUAAAAUGGAGAGUAGCGGAUUAGCGGGGAGAGUACAUAUAUCUGAUAAAACUCUGUCGUUUCUUAAUGGAGAAUUUGAAGUUGAACCUGGUUAUGGGGAGAAACGAGAUGAAUCAUUAAGGGCGGCUGGACUGAAAACAUAUUUUAUAGUGAAAGUAAAUAAACCUUUUCAAUCAAAAACUCAAGAAGUACAAAAUGGCGGUAGUAUUCUUCCAGAAGAAGAUAGCUGUGUCAUAUCGGAAGCUGCCCUAGAAACAAAGGAAGAAGAAGCGAACGAAACUAGUUUAGGUAGGCCAAGUCAAGAUUCCGCCGAUUUCAAAGUAAGGUUACGUAAAGAGCUGGUUAACAGAGACGGUCACAGGGAACUGUCUAAAAAUACAAAAUUAUUCAAUUUAGCAUUUAUAGAUCCACAAAAAGAGAAAUCGUACAAUUUACACAUAGAAGCGUCUCCCAAUUUAACAUUGCUCAUGUUUUUGAUAGUGCGAACUGCAUUAGUUUUAACCACAGCUACAAUUCUACCAAGUUACCUGUCUUUAAGUAUCAGUUACAAUAUAGAAAAUGUUUUGAUUGGGGUGUUGGUAUUAUUAGCGUUAGCUGAAGAUCUUCUUAAUUUGACGAAGUGCUGGAAUUUCUUCAAGGAAACUAUAUUCAUAAGAAGACUGCUAUCAACGACGUGCAUUCUAUUAAUGGGCACUGUCAAUAUAGUGGAUUCGGUGUCUUGCGUUCAAAUGAAGCCGGCAGAGAAUUGUUCGACUAUCUUGGACUUGGACACCACUUGCCUUUAUCCAUCUUACUUCAGUUAUUACACUGUCCUCAAUUUAAUAGCCACGUCGUUGCCAGCGUGCUUGUCUUAUUUAUGGAAGAGUUUCUUCAUGUUACUCAUCGCUAUAGCGCAAUGUUCGGUUAAUAUUUUAAUACUUGGUUCGGCAAUUGAUUGUGAAGAAAGGAUGAAACACUGGAUGAGUCUAAUUCAAGGAAAGUAUACUUUAUCCGGCCUUCUUUUAACAUCCGCCAUAGCUCUAGCUUUCCUAGCUAGGCACAUGGAGAAGGUAUCUAGAGUUCUCUUUUUAUGGAGAAGUGAGGUAGAAGAGCAAAGAGACUGUGCGGAAGAUAUGAGAAGACGUAAUGAAGCGUUAGUUUAUAAUAUUUUACCACCGCAUGUUGCUGCUCAUUUUAUGGGAAACAGGAAAAGACAACACGAUGAAUUAUAUUCACAAAGUUAUGCCGAAGUUGGAGUUUUGUUCGCUUCGAUGCCAAAUUUUUCAGAUUUUUAUUCCGAGGAGACUGUGAAUAAUCAAGGUCUAGAAUGUCUUAGAUUUUUGAAUGAGGUGAUAUCAGAUUUUGACGCGCUUUUAGAGUUGCCUCAUUUCCAAGAUGUUAUUAAAAUUAAAACUAUUGGAUCGACGUACAUGGCUGCUAGUGGUCUCAACCCCUCUAGGCAAAUGAAGCCUGAAGAUCCUACUUCAGUUAGAUGGGCACAUUUAGCAAUCUUAGUAGAGUUUGCUUUGGAACUGAAAAAAGCCCUACAGAGCAUUAACGAACAAUCAUUCAAUCAUUUUGUAUUGAAGUUAGGAAUCAAUCAUGGACCUAUAACAGCUGGUGUGAUUGGGGCGAGAAAGCCCCAUUAUGACAUUUGGGGUAACACCGUUAACGUAGCAUCUAGGAUGGAAAGUACUGGAAAAGCUGGAUGUAUUCAGGUAACGGAAGAGACCUGCGAAAUUCUUCAACAUUUCGGUUACCAGUUCGAACAGCGCGGUCUCGUGGCUGUUAAAGGAAAGGGCCAGCUUAUGACGUACUAUCUUCUUGGGAAAACUGGAAAAACUACACCGCCAACAGCGCCAGUAUCUCCAGUGAUCGGUGUAGGAACCAUGGAAACGGUCAACGAGGAAGAUGAGUCUCACGAUAGCCCCACAUCAAAAUCCGAAGAAAAAACUGUUAUCGAAUGUUCUGAAAAAAUAGAUGACGAUGUUUUCAUAUCAGAUUCAGGUUGUGAGGAGUCCAGAGAGUCGACAGAAGCUUCAUUGUUAUUAAGUUAAAACUAUUGUGAUAAAACUAUAUUGUUUCUAAUUUUGUUUAUAUGUAAGAUUUUGCUGUUUUGUCGUUACGUUUUUAAUAAGAGAAAUUCGUACGGAAUCGUUUAUAUGUGGGAAAUUAUUUUGAAUUUGGUUCAUCGAAAGAAUUAAUACAAUCGAAAAUUGGUGUGUUUCGAGAAAUAAGAUUUUGAUACAAACCAAAGUGGAACAGAAGAAAUCAUAUAGCUCAAGUCACUUCCUCAAUUCAAACUCUGCUUAUCUAAAAUUAUUGUUUGAUAUCUCUUGAAAAGGAAACUUGUAUAUAAAUCAGAGAAAAAUAAUAAAUCUUAAAUAAGCGUAUAUUCUAGUUGUACAAAUGUGAGAAGAAUUAUUGUAAAUAAAAAAUUAGAUGGUGAUUAUUACAAUGAUAAUGAUCGUAUCUAAAUUUAAUAUUAAAUAAUAAAGAAUAUUUAAUAAUUUUUGAACCCCUAAUAGAAAAAUCUUUUGGAAUCUCAGCUUCACUACAAGUGCAAUCGAUGUGCAGCCUUAAGUGAAUUCUUUGAAAAAUAUUAUUCUCAAUCAAAUUAUCUGUACUAGAAGAAACAUAAUUUGUAGAAUGGAUCUUAAUCUACGAUUCACGCAAAUAUUUAUGCCCGGUGAUUAGUAAUUCGUAAAUUCAACAUAGACAAUCUGUACAAUGCCUGAAAAAAUAAAUUAUGCUGGAAACUAUCGAGGAAUAUCCAGCAUAAAUAUUAUUUUUACGGAAGAAUCGUGCUUAGGAACACAAAGUCAAAUGAGAAACGGAAACGGAGAGCACAUACGAGGAUGGUCCUCGGAGUACGUGGCCAAACAAAAAAUAUAUUUAUUUAUCUACAUCAAGCUCUUCAAAAUAGCCAUUAGCUGUCGACAUCACCCAUUCAUUCUUGGAAAAGCUUUGACCAGCCAUUUUUCCAAAUCUGGGAAUAGAAAAUAAUCCAAGGGGGCUAAAUCUGGCCGAUUCAAUAACGGAUGCGUGAGCUGAUGCAUUGUCUCGAUGAAACAACACUUUCUACUUAGUCAAACGCAACCGUUUCUACUUGAUUUCUUUGUUCAAACGAUGCAAUAAGUUGACAUAAUAUUCGCUGUUGAUAGUUUUUCCUUUUUCAAGAUAUUCAAUAGAAAUUACCACACGUGCAUCCCGAAAAACCGAAACCAUGACCUUGUCUGCAGAUGGAACGGUCUUUGCUUUCUUUGGAGCCGUUUACCACCGUUUCAGUCCAUUAUUUCGAUUGUUCUUUUAUUUCGGGUGUGAAGGGAUGCUUUGUUCAAUAUAUUGAAUUCUAUAUUAUGACGAAAUUUGGUAGGGCCUAAAUAUGACACAAUAAUUAAUAAAUGGCAAUCUUAGACCAAAAACUUACAUGGACUGUCACUUCUCCUAUUCUCCUUAGCAAAAGAAAAUUUAUUAGGACUAAUUGGAAAUUUUUAAUACGCUGUCUCCAAAGAUCAUUAUACGGUAGCCAUUUUAGAUGUUUUGCAAUUUCAGUCAGUCCAUGUAAAUAUAGUCUAAGAUGGCGAUGUUAAAAUUAGUAAAAAUGUAGAAGUACGAAUCUUUUUCUUUUAUAAUUAAAUAUUAUCUAACUUGGGGCAGCUUUGAGUGAAAUGUCCAAAUCAUUUAGGCCUCACUUAUUACUCUGAAUGAACGGAACUACAGCUACCACAAGUUUGUUAGAUCUAUCGCUAUACGAUCUUUCUAUUUCCAAAAAUCAAACGCGUCGGCAAAGGAACGCUUUUUGAAUCAAUCCAAACAACUAUGGCGAGGGUACUAGAGGAGAUUCCAGUCAAAGACUUCUAGCUUCUAUACAGCGUCUAGAAAAUUCGCCGGACUUGGUGAUAUGAGUGCCGAAAUCAAUAAUUUUGAAGGAGAUUAUUUUAUAAUGAAUACUUUUUACAGUAUCAGUAUAUUUUGGAGGGGAAAGAACGAUUUGCCUUUGGGGUCUCACAUAAAGCAAAUGAUCUAUUCUUUCUACGAUGCUGGAGGACUCAGUGCUUACAGCUGAUCCAUCAAUCCCACUCCUUUUAAAAACUCAUUUAUUUCAAGCGCUCCCAGGUGUAGUGCUCUGAAGUUUCUUAGUGUUUCACACUUCGAGAAAAUGUGGACAGAGGUUUCGUUCCCUAGCGUCUUCAGGUGUUUGAUUAGAUUAAUCUACUCUGGUUAUAGUUUCCCAGAAGAUUCUUUGCCUGUCUCAGCGCCUGUAGUUUGUCCCAAUAAUUGGCUAGACUUCUAUCUACCUUCAUCUCCAGUGCUUUUUCCAUUGUUCUGCAGCUGAUACCACAGAAGGUUUCGGGUUCCAGGAAGGGCUUGUCUGUCCCUACUUUAGUAAGUUAUCAGCUCUCUAUUAUCUAAAUGUUGCGCUUUAUCUGCCCUAUAUCAAAAAACCAAUUAAUUUAGACAGACACAGGAAGAUAUUUACAAAAAAAUCGAUUGCUGUAACUAUUGAUAUUGAAUAUCUUUUACUAGAAGUUUAAAAUAAAGAUUUAUUCACAUUUUAAGUUUAGUAACUCUAAUUCCGAGGUUAAAAUAAUAGAGUUUUGAUUUAUUCAAACUCAAAAAAUAAAUCCCAAGUUAGGUAAUUCUUCUGAGACUAUGAUAUGUUCAAUUCGCAUUUAAUAAAAAAAUACUUUUUAUAUGUUUUUUAGGAGAUUACAGAAUACAUCUAUAAUUAAGUGUUAGAUAUCUGUAGAUUCUAUUGACGAAUAAAUAUGAUGAAAAUAAAGCAAAAAAUCAUU